AAGCCAGAUUUUCACUAUGGCGGCUGUUGUGAAACGACGAAGUGGAAAACGUCCUCGAACUGAAGCUCCAGAGAGCACUCUUCCGAAGAGGAAAGUCGAUGAAAAAUCGCCAGUAAUACUGUCAUUUCAACAGCAUCGGCAAGAGCUAGACUCUCGGCAUGACAAACACGAGCGUUUAGUUAAAUGUAGUAGAGAUGUUACCAUUGCAAGCAAGCGAAUUAUAUUUCUCCUUCAGCGAGUGACAGGGGCGAAUGAUACGGAGCAGAUCUUCAAAGAAGCAGAUGAAAAGUUUUUGGAAGUUAAAGAAGUCUUAAAGACGAUAGCUUUGGAGCUGGAGGGAGAAGAUCCAUUUUUGUUCACCCGCGCGUACUCUACUGGUGUGCAGGAGUACAUCGAAGCAUUGUCUUUCGCGCAUUUUCUCAAGAGAAAAACUUUGAUUUCUUUCGACCAAGUUAAAACGGAGUUGAAAUUUUUAAAUGAGGAAGGGAUAGAUCUUCACUUAAGCUUAAAUCCUUUCGACUACGUCCUUGGCAUCGCAGAUUUGACCGGAGAGCUCAUGCGCUUCUGUAUAAACAGUGCGUCAAGCGGGGAUCAAAACACGCCUUUUGAGGUUUGCAGCUUUUUGCGUGAAAUUCACAAUUCUUUCGUGGCUUUCGGUAAUGUUUCUAAGGACAUUGCGUCAAAGUUAAGAGUAUUGACGGCCAGUAUGAAGAAGGUGGAAGUCGCCUGUUACACUUUGAAAGUUCGGGGUUCGGAAAUACCCCAAUUUGCUAUGGCAGAAGCACUGAGUGCAGACUUUACUUGCGAAGAAAGGGAUGUAAAUUGAUAAUUGAGAAAUUUAUUAUCAAUUAAUUAUAAUUUAUUCUGUUCUAUUAAUAUUUCUGAUAGCCUUAGCUUUAGAUGGAACAUAUUUAUCUGAGACAAGUGGAGCUGUUUAAAAAGAGAAGUAUAAUUUCAACAAUUGAAGUAUUUCUGUCAAUAUUGUGUAGUUUUAAUACAACGGGACAGAAACUGCACACACUGUAAAUACCUCCUGUUUUCCCUUACAAAUCCUAGAGAAGUUUUCUAAGGAUUCAUGAAAGACAACAGGAGGUACAUGUACUUUCAGUGCGUGCAUUUCCACCUCUGUCAUGGCAGAUAAUACAGUUUUGUUUAUUUUGAGUUAGUUGUUUCACUCAAUUGUCUGCACCCUUAUAUGGGGUAUUAGUAUUCUUCACGCUGUUCUCUAUACUUUUUCUAGUGUGCUGACAAGGAGAAUUUGUGAAUGAUCACAAGCUUAGUUGGCAAUCAUUUCCUUUAUUUUCAAGACAAAAUGUACCUUAAUUUGUGAUUCAGUAGCACUAGUUGUAAGAAGAAAUUAGUUGUCGAUCAUUCCUUGGGGUUAACAUUAAGAGCUGAAAAGUUUAUAGAAUUCUUCUUGCCAUCAUUUUUGCAUUUUUGACAUUUUUAUAUUUAAGGUGACUGAGUAAAAAAGAAAUAGCAAUUGGUUUUUGAUGUUCAUUUUGUGCCAGACUCUUGUUUUUGCACUGACUGCCUUAUUGCUAUGCCAUAAAAACUUUUCAGAUUUGUCAGCUUGGAAUUUGAAGUCAAACUUGGAUUUCUUCAGUGCUCAAACACCUUGCUCAGAGAGAUAUAAUGUGCCAGUGGUUAGUAGUCUUGUGUUAGUGGCUGUACCACUUUGUUAUUGUUCAGGGGUAGAUUUGUCAGAAAUGGAUAUUGGAAACCUGUCAGAGAAAGAUGGAGAAUUGCUGUAAGAGUGGGGUGAUAACCCUGGGUGUCCGGGAAUCCUGUCCAAGGGGAAGUAUGAAUGAAAGAAACAGUCUACUAUGGUGGCUUCUCCAGUUCCUCUGAAACUGAAAUUAGCUUUGGCAAAAUGGCCUUGUUUGCUGGCUGAGUUGACCAAGAUAUUAAGAUAAGGGAAAUUAUAAAGACAGAAACUAAAUAAAUGCAACUCUUCAAAUGAA